AUGCAUCUUGUUCUCUCCCGCAUCGAGCCGAAGGACCUCGAUGCCAUCGUCCCCCUCCUGUUCAAGGCAUUCCACAAGAUCGACCUCCCGCAUAUUUUCUUCGGGCGAGAGUCUCCUGGAAGUUAUGCACAUACCAAAAGAAUCCUCUUGGACGGCAUGCAGAAUGACAAGACAGACGUGAUUCUCAAGAUUGAGGAUCUGGACGCCGAGGUCGACGUGAAUGUGCUUGAUGAACAGGGCAAUGCGACGGGGACGGAGCGGAGGAAAAGAAUUGUCUGUGCGAGCAAUUGGAAGAUCUCACCUACCUACGUGCCAUCCAAGAAGCUGCAAGCCGCAACCAAGGACGAAAGCGAAAAGACAGAGGCAGAGAAAAAACCCGCCUUUGCCUACCUCGAAACCGAGCAGGAACGGGCCGAUGCCGCUCUCCUGAUCCAGGACUUUAUCGCUCGGCGUCGUCGCGAGUGCAACGAAGGUCAUGUCCUCUGCUUCUUACUCUUCACAGAUCCAGAUUAUCAAGGGAAAGGUAGCCUUCCACACAACUCGCUCAUGCGAAUCAACAGCAGCCCCCUCGCCUUCGUCCGAGGCCGCGCCACAUGGACCUGUCCUCGCUGUAAGAACCUGCAGAAGUCAUUCGACAAGCCACGGAGAGGCUUCAACUCGUAUGGCAGACCAAUCAAGGUCGUGAGACCGCGCCGGGUCGUGUAUUGGGCUGCUGCAGGUGGAUCAGCAGGCACCGGUCUGCUGUUAUUCGGCGAUGAUAUCAAGCAUGGCUGGCUCGCCGCAGAGAGAACCGGAAGAGUGGUUACCACCUUGGCGGCGUGUAUAAACGACUACCGUGUAACCCUCAACGAACAGCACGACGAUCCGGAAGAGCACACCAGAAGUCUCAAAGCUUGUCACAAACGAUGUGCCGACCGAACGCUGAAGGCCAUGGAGGCGAAUGGGUCAAUAUUCAUCAAACUGGGCCAACACAUCUCGUCAAUGGGGUAUCUGUUACCUACCGAAUAUACCGAGACGUUCGUCCCCUUGCAGGAUAAAUGCCCUGUCUCGUCCUACGAGUCAAUUGAAGAGAUGUAUCUGAGAGACACUGGUCACCGAAUAGAGGAUCAUUUUGACGACUUCACGAGAGAACCAAUUGGCGCGGCCUCGUUGGCGCAGGUGCACUUGGCCGUGAUGAAGGAGACAGGCCAGAGAGUGGCGGUCAAGGUGCAACAUCCCAGCCUCGAAGAGUGGGUGCCGUUGGAUCUGGCCCUGACAAGAUUCACCUUCCGCACAUUGAAGAGAGCCUUUCCCGACUACGACUUGGAGUGGUUGAGUAAUGAGAUGGACUUUUCUCUACCGCAAGAGUUGGAUUUCAGACUCGAGGGCCAAAAUGCAAUGUAUGCGAAACAGUACUUUGAACGACACACCAGUUUUCCGCUCGUCAUCCCUCAGGUGAUCUCGGCCAACAAAAGGAUUCUGGUCAUGGACUAUGUCAUGGGGGCAAGGGUCGACAAUCUACCCUACUUCAAAGAGCACAACAUCUCACGAGCCGAAGUGUCGGCGACGCUGGCGCGCAUCUUCAACGUCAUGAUCUUUUCGAAAGGCGCCCCGUUACAUUGUGAUCCUCACGCAGGAAAUAUCGCCAUUCGUCACAAUCCCCAAAGGAGAUAUCCGUAUAAUUUCGACGUCAUUCUCUACGAUCACGGGCUUUACCGAAUGCCCGAUGACAAGUUGAGGAGGGACUAUGCGAAAAUGUGGCUUGCGGUCAUCGACGCAGAUGAGGCAAAAAUGCGGAAAUACGCCUACGAAGUCGCGGGGAUUGGCGACAAAGAAUUUCCGUUGUUUGCCUCCGCUAUCACAGGCCGUGACUAUCGCGUGCUGACUCGCAAAGAGCUCACCACUUCAAUACGGAAUAACGAUGAAAAGGAGGCCAUUGGCGAGGUCUUUGGCCAAGACCUUCUUGCCCAACUUGUGCAGCUGCUGGGGCAUGUUCCCCGCAUUAUUCUUCUGAUAUUGAAGACAAACGAUCUGACAAGGAGUCUGGACGAGGCACUGGGGUCGACUCAGCCGAUGAGGCCCAUGCUCAUUCUGGCCAAGUACGCGAGUUGGACUGUUUGGCAGGACGAAAAGGACAUGAUCCGACGGCGGGGUAGUUUUCUCCAUCCGCAGAACUUUUGGAGGCUAUUACGGGCAUGGGUGAACUUCAUGAGGGUCGAGUUGAAGUUGUUUGGGUAUGAGCGGUACUUGUCUUUGCGGCGACACUUGGGUCUCGACGAGUAG